AUGUCUCACGGUUUCGACCCCGGAGGACAGCAUCAUGCGGCCACCACCCUGACGCAGUACUCCGAGCCCCACAUCCAUCUUCCAGCGACGCAUAUAUCGCGGCCACCUUCGAGACCAUACCUCAUUCACAGUCAGACAGCUCCGACCGGAAACGGCAUGUCGUUAUCGGCUAGUUCUAUCGGAGGUAUCCAUCCGGGCCAUCCGGGGGCAGGCUACAAAUCUCACUCGCUCCUGCCCAACGGGCAUCACCCUUCGGUGGGUCAAUUGCCGCCCCAUUCGGUCUCCCGACUGUCCCACAGUUUCAUGACGACGUUUCCGAACAACCAAAACCAUACCCGUCAAUCUAGUCUCCUCCAUGACAACAACACCACAACUCAGAAAGAUAUCUCGACGACGGCUCCUACUACGGCGACGACGAGCAACAAUUCUGCGGCUGGGGCCAUUGCCAUCAAUUCAUCACUGUUGACAUCGACAUAUCAUCAUGCGCUUUCGCUUCUGUGUAUGCUCUCUGUUCUCAUGUGCAUACUAUCGGCGUCGGUCAUGCGACCGCUCGAGCACACCAACGUUUCCACGGAGCGCGGACUCCGCAACGUGCUCAGCGUCUGCAUGCUGAUACUGUCGAUGUGUCUCGAUCUCUACUGCCUCUUCGUGUGCUGUCUGCAGCUCAUGUUGGCUUUAACGACCGGCAGCAGUGCUUAUCUCAGGGAAGCUUCAUGUAGCAGGAACCUCGCCGUGGCUUCAUUUCUGCUGAGUGUGCCAUUCUUCCUCACGGGUAGCAUCCUGAUUCUGAAUAUACCGCUCCCGGCAUCGCUGGGAAUCGUCGGUGUUGUUUUUGUGGUCUGGAUACUCUCAUCGGUUCACAACGUCUACGUUUGGAAUCUAACCGUUCAAGAGGGGAACGACAACAAUAACAACGGCAAAACUCUCCAUGGUCACAUCGUUCAGUUAUCAACCUUGGUUUGAAUCGCUCUCUGCUGACAACCUGUAGCCAACUCCUCUGAACAUUUCCUCGUGGUCCGAAUGGAGUAGCAGCUCGACCGACUGACUGACUGAUCGAUCAUUCGCUCAUUCUCCGAAUGUGCGGAGAACCAGGAACUC